AUGGGAGAGUUAACCCUUGGGGAACUUAAGGCGCUGCGCCAAAGGGAGGCAAAGCGGCCCUCUUCGGGAGAGACUGAAGGCCACGAAGAGGCCACAACGACACACAAGGAGAGACUAGGUGUUAUAUCUAGCCGCGAAAAGUUCCCUAAAACGCAAACUGCUGCACCGAAAAAGAGCAGCACCAAGGGACCCGCCGUACUCCCCAACAACACAGCGUUCAACCCCUACAACACGAUUAAGUUCGGAACCAAGGGCGCCAACUCCAGGCUCAAGGCACGUGACCCCAGGUUCAGCGACUUCUCGGGAACGCUGAACGAUGACCUGUUCCGCAAGUCGUACGCCUUCCUGGGCGACAUGCUCCAGGAGGAGGUCAAGGAGAUAAAGGCCGCAGUAAGGGCCGGGGAGCGGGCGGGCGCCAACAGCGUCAAAGCCACUGCUGCCCUCGGAAGCAUCGCACAUAUGAACAUCGCAAGCAUUUCGGACGCGAAACGCGCGCUAGACAGGUACAAGACACAGCAGAAGCAGCUGCAGAGCGGCGACGAGCUGCGCGCUCUGAAAAAGGACCUCAUCGACCAGGAGAAGCAGAAGAUCGCAACAACGGGCAAGACACCGUUCUACUACUCCGAGAAGAAGAUCAAAAAGAUCCACAGGGCCAAGGAGGCGGAGAAGGAGCAGGCCGCGCUACAGUCUGCCGCCAUCAACGCUGGCUCGGCCGGCGCGAUACACAAGAAGGUCGCGCGCACACUGAAACGCAAGUUGCCUAAGAUGCCCAAAGUACACGCUAAAUCGGCGGGCAAAAAACCACUCACUGAAUGA